CGCAUGCGUUGGCGGGACCCGCACAGGUCCAGAGGCUGAGCGGCGACCUGGGGCCGGCCCCACCCGCUCCAACGCUGCUGCCUGCGCAGUUGCGUCUGUCGAGCCGGAGGACGAGGUGAACCUCGCAGCCGCUGCUAUCUCCAGCGUUCAUCACAGGGUGUGGUGUCGAUCUGAAGAAUAUUUUGCUUUCAAAGGAGAGAUGUUGUCUCCAAAUGAUAAAAAGUUAGGAAAACUGGAUCCAUUUUAUCGACCUUCAGUGUCUAAGCAGAAGACCAGUGCAGAAAUCAUAAGUGAAGCACGAAAUGCAUUAAGAACAGUUAGAACCCAAAGACCAUUUACACCACAGGAAGACCAAAGAAAACUGUUCGGACCUGCAUCUUCACGAACAUUGGAAAAUAGACCUCCUUCCUCCUUCAGCCUCCAUGCAUCCAGUUUUGAGUCUUCUGAUUCCAGGCCUAUCUCUGGCGCACGUCUUAGUCCACUAGAGCUGAAACCGAAAGUUCCAGCAUCUCCCACCACAGAGGAGGAUUCCUGCUUUUCCUUUCCUAAGCCCCCAGUGGAUGCUGCGAAGAUUAGAAGAAUAAGCAGUGCCAGGGCUCGCUUAUUCAGGGCUGCCUCCCAGGGGGCCCUUCUGCCGGACAGAUCCCUUCCUCCCUCUGACUCAAAGAAGACAGUGGAAUCCAAAGAAACAGUUAUGAUAGCAGACUCUAUGGUGAAAAUAAAUGGGAUUUAUUUAACAAAAUCAAAUACUAUUUGCCACUUAAAGAGUCACCCACUUCAGCUAACUUAUGAUGGAGGCUGCAAUGAAAUAAAGAAGCAAGAAAUGUUCAAAGGAACAACAUCCUUACCAUCUCAUCUCAAGAGUGGAGGGGACCAGGGGAAAAGACAUGCAAGGGCCUCAUCAUGCCCCAGCAGCUCAGACCUGAGCAGGCUGCAAACCAAAGCAGUCUCAAAAGCUGACCUGCAAGAAAAGGAUGCAGAAAUAGAAGUAGAUGAAGCCUUUUGGAAUACAAGGAUUGUACCGAUUUUGCGUGAAUUAGAAAAGGAAGAAAACAUUGAAACAGUUUGUGCUGCUUGCACACAGCUUCAUCAUGCUUUAGAGGAAGGAAACAUGCUUGGAAAUAAAUUUAAGAAAAGAAGUAUUCUCCUGAAGACCCUAUAUAAACUAGUUGAUGUUGGUUCAGACUUGCUCAGCCUGAAACUUGCAAAAAUAAUUCUAGCACUUAAAGUGAGUAGAAAGAAUCUUCUUAAUGUCUGCAAACUUAUAUUUAAAAUUAGCAGGAAUGAGAAGAAUGAUUCUUUGAUUCAAAAUGACAGCAUUCUGGAAUCAUUAUUGGAAGUACUAAGAAGUGAAGACCUGGAAAUGAACAUGGAAGCUUUUUUAUACUGUAUGGGCUCUAUAAAGUUCAUUUCUGGAAAUCCAGGAUUUCUUAAUGAAAUGAUCAGCAAAGGUGCUGUGGAAAUACUGAUAAAUUUGGUAAAGCAAAUAAAUGAGAACACCAAGAAAUGUGGUACAUGUUUGCCUAAUUCGGGCCACUUGCUAGUUCAGGUGACUGCUACAUUGAGAAACUUGGUUGAUUCACCGUUAGUAAGAAGUAACUUCCUAAGCAUCAGUGCCCUUCCCCAGCUCUGCACGGUGAUGCAACAGUACAUGGGUGACAAGGACGUCUGUACCAAUAUUGCCAGAAUAUUCAGCAAACUUACUUCUUACCGUGACUGCUGUGGAGCCUUGGCCAGCUAUUCCAGAUGUUAUGCCUUGUUUUUGAAUCUAAUUAACACAUACCAGAAGGAGCAGGAUAUAGUCGUUCGUGUUGUUUUUAUUCUUGGCAACCUGACUGCGAAGAAUAACCAGGCUCGUGAACAAUUUUCCAAAGAGAAAGGGAGCAUCCAAACUCUGCUGUCAUUAUUCCAGACUUUCCAUCAGCUCGAUCUGCAUUCCCAAAAACCGGUGGGCCAAGGAGGCGAGCUGUACAGGGCGCAGAGGCUGCCGUCAGAGGCAGAGGACGUGCUCAUCAAGCUGACCCGUGUGCUCGCCAACAUUGCCAUCCACCCUGGCAUGGGCCCGGUGCUGGCCACCAACCCAGGGAUAGUGGGCCUGCUCCUGACCACGCUGGAAUACAAGUCACUUGAUGAUUGUGAGGAGCUGGUGAUCAAUGCUACAGCGACAAUCAACAAUUUAUCUUACUACCAAGUGAAGAAUUCCAUAAUUCAAGACAAAAAGCUUUAUAUUGCAGAACUGCUCUUAAAGCUUCUUGUCAGUAACAACAUGGAUGGAAUCCUGGAGGCUGUGCGCGUUUUUGGAAAUCUCUCCCAGGACCGCGAUGUCUGUGAUUUCAUUGUGCAGAACAAUGUACACAAGUUCAUGAUGGCACUGCUGGAUGCUCGGCAUCAGGAUAUCUGCUUUUCUGCCUGUGGUGUUCUCCUCAAUCUCACUGUGGAUAAAGACAAGCGUGUCAUCCUCAAAGAAGGAGGUGGCAUUAAAAAGUUGGUGGAUUGUUUAAGAGAUUUUGGUCCUACGGAUUGGCAGCUGGCCUGCUUGGUUUGUAAAACUUUGUGGAACUUCAGUGAAAACAUCACUAAUGCUUCGUCAUGUUUUGGAAAUGAAGACACCAACACACUCUUACUCCUGCUGUCAUCAUUUUUAGAUGAAGAACUAGCACUGGAUGGCAGUUUUGAUCCAGACCUAAAAAACUACCACAAACUUCACUGGGAAACAGAAUUCAAACCUGUGGCACAGCAGCUUCUAAACCGAAUUCAGAGACAUCACACCUUCCUGGAACCUCUGCCUGUUCCCUCUUUCUAACACGAUGCAGAUUAACAGUAGAAACAGGAAGUCACGUCUCUCUCAUUCUUAAGAACUGGUAACAAAUGUGAAUACUUUUUUCAGCAUUAACAAAUAUGGAAAAUUUUUCAAGAACUGCUUUUAGUGAGUAGCCAAAGUAUUUUUUUAAAAAAUAAGCAUUUAUUCUUGUUAGGGUAUUAUGGAAAAAUGAAUAUACAUGUUAUAUUUCCUGUUAGGAGAAAUGUAAGAUGAAAAUAUACGCAUUUUUAAGUAAAUGACUUUUUCUUCUAUUCUCUAUUAAAUAAUUUAGUUCUAGUCUUAAAAUCUUGAUUUAGCAGUUUUGGAAUUAAAGUGUUCGUUAAAUGAACUGAGCAGUAAAGGCUGUUAGAUUAUGAAGAAGGGUAGUCAGCGUGAAUGGAACACAUUACAACAUAGGAUCUGUGUUAAUUCUUACUGCAUCAAAUAAUAAAUGUUCUAAGUACCAGUAUUUUUCUGGUCCUCAUAGUAAAGAGAAUGAGUAAGCAGAAAAUCAUAGAGAAAACUGCUUUGGGCCAUCUAUUCUUUAUUAAAUAAGUAAAAUAGAUUAAAACAAGAGUAUCUUCAUUUGAAAUAAAAUGACUGGACUAAG